AUGCCCAGGGAGCAGGAUAACGUACCCAGAGAGCUGGAUAACGUGCCCAGGGAGCUGGAUAACGUGCCCAGGGAGCUAGAUAAGGUGCCCAGGGAGCUGGAUAACGUGCCCAAGGAGCCGGAUAACGUGCCCAAGAAGCUGGAUAACGUGCCCAGGGAGCUGGAUAACAUGCCCAGGGAGCAGGAUAACGUGUCCUGGAUACUGAUGCUUGUGGGUGUGUUGGUGGGCGUCAGAGGCGGCCCUGAGAAGCUGUCUGUGAACCUCACAUCAAACUACGCCGCGCAAGGGCGUGGCAGCUCCGUACAUGCCCCAGGGUACAACGCCCACACAGCCGCAGGUCUGGGUACUUCAGCUGCUACUUACGAUGUCCCUGAAGCCCUGAGUCUUGACUUCAGCGACGCGGAGUCUCAAGCACCUGCUUACAGUAAUAUCCCUGAUACUAGACACAACAGUCCUGACGGCCCAGAGUACAAAGCCUCAACUGUUGCAACAUACAACAGGCCUGACUUGACUUCCUCCAGAUACAGGAGUCAGAGUACUCCAAAGUACAGCAGCCCUGAGAGACUAGUUCCCGACUACGGCGACUCUUAUCCUUCUGCUGCUAAGCAAAGAUCCAGGGGACGAGCCAAGUCCUUAGGCGACUCAACAUACCAUGAAAACUCUCUCCAAGACGACACAUCAAAGCAUCCCACGCAGUACAACUUCCAGUACGACGCUCAGGACCUUCAAACCGGAAAGAACCACGGCCACCAGGAGACCCGAGAAGGCUACAAUACUCAGGGCUCCUACUACGUCCCCCUUCCGGAUGGACGCGUCCAGAAGGUGACCUACUACGUCAACGGUGAUUCGGGCUUCGUAGCCGAGGUCUCCUACGAGGGCGAGGCAACAUAUCCGGAUCUUCAGUACUCUCGGGAGUCAGAUAAAUCAGCCUACCAUCCUGAUCCGGAACCUAGACGCGCUCCAGAAUCUAAGCAAAGAUACCUAUCAACCCCUAUCCCCAAUUACAAGGAAACUCCAGCCCCCAGCUAUCAACCUACGCCUGCCAUCAGCUACAAACAAACUCCAGCCCCUAGCUAUCAACCUACGCCUGCCACUAGCUACCAACCUACUCCAGCACCCAGCUACAAGCCUCUCCCAGCUCCCAGCUACGAGGAUACACCUAGUUCAACCUAUGAGCCUAUUUCUAGUUCAGAAUACGAACCUACAGUAGCCUCUAGACGCCAGUCUGCCUCUAGGAAUGGGUACCAACCUUCUCCCACUCCAAUUUACGAGCGAGCGCAGAGUCCUACCUACAACCCUGUCACCAUUCCAGCUUACCAAACUUCUCCAACUCCCAGACGAAGGCCAGCCUUCACUCCCAGCAACGCCCCAGCCCUUAGUCCAACCUACGGGCCAAUUCCUAGUCAAGCCUACGAGCCUGCCCCUAGUGCAUCCUAUGAACCAGUUCCUAAUCAAUCCUACGAAUCGGUUCCAAACCCGAGCUACAAGAGUGCUCAAAGAACAGUUUACAAGCCUGCGCCAUCUAGGAUCUACCACCCUACACCUCCCCCUAGCUACGAUCCCUCCCUCAGCUACGAGCCUUCUCCUAACUACGAGCCCUCUCCUAGCUACGAGUCCUCUCCUAGCUACGAUGAGGACUCUAGCCAGGAGUACAGACCCACAGCGUCAACAGAACACCGGACUCAACCCACAUAUGCAUAA